CUCUCUCCGCUCCAUCCUUCCAUUCAGCCCCCACAGUCAGCAAAACAGGCGUCAGAGCGCAGGUCCACGGCGAGCAAAUCCCGCAGAGCUCUCUGUGUGUGUGUGUGUGUGUGUGUGUCAGAGCGACAGGAGGAGAGAGAGAGAGACUGUUUCUGAACCACUGCAGGAACACUAAAUCUGGGACUGUCACAGAUACUAAAGGAGAGAGAGAGAGGCAAUUCAAUAAGGACAAGCGUUCAUCUAACACCACAGUUAUGGGGACUCAUCGCUGCCGUACACCGGCGGGUCAAACUCAAAGCAAAGGACACAAAAGUCAUUUGCCGUAUUCACUUUAAUCUUCUGGUGGAAGGAGUAGAUUGAAGUUCUGUCCGUUUGCUUGCAGAAGGUGAAGACUUGGAGUGGAUUUUUCCCUUGUUUUCUUUCCUCUUGUGUCAUUGCUCUGCUUUUGUGGGUUUCUCACCCUUCACGCUGUCUCUGCAAAUCCCCAUUCCUUCCAAACAUCUUCUCUGCAUGCUUUUCCACUGCUCUGCAGGUGAGCACACUCAUGGUGGAUGCCAAGGGAAGGAACAUGAAAUGUUUGACGUUCUUGUUGAUGCUUCCAGAAUCGGUUAAGAGCAAGUCCAGCAAAAGCUCCAAAAAGGGGAGUCCCAGCAGCUCUUCUAAGCUGCCCCCUGUCUGCUAUGAGAUCAUCACCCUAAAAACCAAGAAGAAGAAGAAGAUGGCAGCGGAGAUCUUUCCCACGAAGAAGUCGACAUCGACCACCACCGUCCAGCAGUAUCAGCAGCAGAACUUGAACAACAACAACACCAUCCAAUGCUGCAACUGGCAGGGUCUCUACUCCACUAUCAGAGAGAGAAAUGCUGUGAUGUUCAAUAACGAACUGAUGGCCGACGUUUAUUUUGUCGUGGGCCAGUCGGGAGGAACUCAGAGGCUCCCGGGACACAAGUAUGUCCUCGCUGUGGGAAGCUCAGUUUUUCACGCCAUGUUCUACGGUGAGCUAGCAGAAGACAAAGAGGAAAUCCGUAUUCCUGACGUGGAGCCUCCAGCCUUUCUGGCCAUGCUAAAGUACAUCUACUGUGAUGAAAUCGACUUGAGUGCCGACACCGUACUGGCGACAUUAUACGCAGCCAAAAAGUACAUAGUACCUCACCUGGCUCGGGCCUGCGUUAACUUCUUGGAAACCAGUCUGAGUGCUAAGAACGCAUGUAUUCUUUUGUCUCAGAGCUGUCUGUUCGAAGAGCCAGACUUGACGCAACGCUGCUGGGAAGUUAUUGACGCUCAGGCUGAGCUGGCACUUAAAUCCGAGGGCUUUUGUGACAUUGACUCUCAGACCCUGGAGAGCAUCCUCAGGCGAGAGACUUUAAACGCCAAGGAGAUUGUCGUGUUUGAAGCUGCGCUGAGCUGGGCCGAGGCUGAAUGUCAGAGAAGGGAAAUGAACAUAACUAUUGACAACCAACGCAAAGUUUUGGGUCAGGCUGUCUACUCGAUCCGUAUACCUACUAUGGGUCUUGAUGAUUUCGCUAAUGGAGCCGCCCAGUCUGGAGUUUUAACGCUUAAUGAAACCAACGACAUUUUCUUAUGGUACACGGCGGCCAAGAAGCCCGAGUUGCAGUUUAUGAGCCAACCUCGUAAGGGAUUGACGCCGCAGAAGUGUCAUCGCUUCCAGUCUUGCGCCUACCGCAGCAACCAGUGGCGCUAUCGCGGACGAUGUGACAGCAUUCAGUUCGCUGUUGAUAAGCGGGUGUUUAUCGCCGGGUUUGGGCUGUACGGCUCGAGUUGCGGGUCUGCUGAGUACACGGCCAAGAUUGAACUCAAACGGCAGGGAGUUCUCCUGGGAACCAACCUCAGCAAGUACUUUUCAGAUGGUUCAAGCAACACUUUCCCCGUUUGGUUCGACUACCCAGUUCAGAUCGAGCCUGACACUUUUUACACUGCCAGCGUGGUUCUGGAUGGAAGUGAGUUGAGUUAUUUUGGUCAGGAGGGUAUGACAGAAGUUCAGUGUGGGAAGGUCACCUUCCAGUUUCAGUGCUCUUCGGACAGUACCAAUGGCACAGGUGUGCAGGGGGGACAGAUUCCAGAGCUCAUCUUUUAUGCUUAAGGUUUCCUAGGAAGACAAAAAAACCUAAUCAGUGUGAAAUUGGAAUAGCUUUACAUUGCGUACAACAUCCCUUUUUCUACUACAUUGCAAAAUCUUUCUUCAGUAGCCUAAGCCGAUUGAACUGAAAUAUAACUGACAUGACAAGGCUUCUGAUUUGUGCUCUGCUUCUAUAUUUUACAGUAUUUUCUUCAUGUCUUAACGUGAACUGAAUAUUCAAAGCUCCGAAUAAGGCUGCACCUGUUUACAAAAGAAAUUGUUGGCAUUUUAAUUGGAAGUUUUUGGAAGUCCAAACUGGAAGUUCGGCUUCAGCUCUAAUAUUGCUGCUGUCCUUCGAAAACCUCGUAUUUCCAUAUUUUGUGAUUUUUAUGUUUUGCCAUAAAUCAUUAUUAUUAGUCACCCUUUAUGUUUGUUACUGGGUUUUGCAAAUAUCUAACCAAUAAAAAGUAUUAAAAAGUGCUUGUUGACUGACAACACAGUAUUUGAUCGUUUUUUUUAGUUUAACUGAAAAACAACGCAAUUGGACAUCCGAGGUUUCAAAAGGACAGCGAUGAUAUGCUAUGUGGGCCCAGGACACCAAUCGUGCCCACUUGUGAAGCUCGGUCUGGCAGUUGUGUUUUGUUUUAUUGACAUUAAGGGAAAAAACUUAUGAGCACUUGAUAUAUAUUUUACAUGUACAGUAUAUAUUUAAAUGUGAACUAAAUAUUAUAAUAUAUAGAUAUACUAUAUGACCACUCCAUGGCUGCUGUUUACAAUGACUUUGCCAUGCUAGUGAACGCUUGCACAUGUAUAUUGUAGCAAUAGUGAACUCAUCAUCAUAUGUCAAUUUCGUCUAACUUCAGUAUUUCUCUACAUUACAUUUCAAGGCAAUCAUAAUACUAACACCAAAGUUACAUUCUCCACCAUAGAAACUACCUUAUGAUUAAUGAGCAUCAUUGCCAAGCACAGACGUUUCACUCAUCUUUUCAGCUUCUGACGAAUCUGAACAUGUUUUGAUCAUAACCAUAGUGUUUGCACUGGAGUACUUUUUUAGUAAGGUUUUAGUACCUUGAAUCAAAUGUACAGUGAACUGCCUCACCGCAUCCUAAAUAUUUAUCGUAUAAUAAACCGUUUCUUUCUCUAAGUUCCAUGAAACGUGGCAUAUUUGUUUAGUAUUUUUAUUAUGUUCUCAUUCACGUCAGUUUUAUAAAUUGCACUGAAAAUGGAACAGAACAAAUGCAUUAGCAACCUUUCAUUUAGCUGAAAUAACAGGUUAUGUAUUCGUACGUAUAGCAGAGAAGGUGAUGUUUUGGAAUAUUGUAGCAUCGUUUACACCUCUGGAAGUGUUGUGUUCAUGGAUAAUUAGGAGCAUAAUUAGCUGUCACCCAACAAACCAUCUUCACGCUAUUAAAUGGGAUGUUGUCAACUAGCAUUAUAUCACUUAAAGACAAGUUCUCAUGCUUUUUAGUUCGUCUGUUCUGGGCUGUAUUUACCGGCAUUGUUGGCGUUUUAUGCAACAGGAAGCUAGUUCUAUUCCCUCCAGAAUGAUUUGCGACAGACAAAUUAGCAAUGGGCGGAUUAUGAAUAAUUGCUGUUUAAACCAAGAAAUGACACAUUCUUACAUUACAUACUUGUAAUUUUCAGAUUACUUCACAGCAGAAUAUUCAUCCAGUGAAUUGGCUCUAUAAUGGCGUUUUAAGGAAAUCUUCAAUUAAAUGUACAAAGGCACACUGUUAGUUGCCACUGACAAUGUGUACUUAAAAAUAUGACAUGUUUGUUUGGAUCAUUUGUUGAUUUUUCCCAUCACAAGCAUUUUGAAUCUAUGUGCACUAGUAAGAAGAGGUCAUUGAUGGAAUUUGCUGUGUUACUGAUGAACACUUCUGUGAGUGUGUAUAAAGCAUUUGUUGUGUGUUACAGUGCAAAGAGACUUAUGAAUGUGUGUAAUGGAAGAAGCAAAUAAACUGAACAAGCAGUUCGAUUGUG